AAAAGCACACAAACAACGUACUACUCUCUUCUUACCCAGCUGCCACCAAUUGUUAUCUAAUUUUAAUUAUCAUUGCCGCAAAAACCAAAAAAUCUAAAUGGAAGCUUAUUCUGGUUCUUACCCUGCGUCCAAGUCUCAUUCUCUGCUUCACACCGUGCGGAAGACACAAGUUAAAUCGUGGAAGAAGGCGCCAGUGGCACCACCGGCACCGACACCGAUCAGAGUGUACAAGGUGGACGCUAUCAACUUCCGUGACCUUGUUCAGCAGCUUACGGGUGCACCGGAGUUCAAGCCUGAUCAGGAACAUCAUCAACUUUUCCAAAGUGUCGCAGUCGCACCUAUUGCUGCUACCUCCCUUGUAGAUACGCCCCCGAAGCAAAUGUUGUCGAGCAAAGACAAUAUUGCAGCAUCAUCAACAAUGCCCUCCACUAACUGGCACCAGGGGGCACAAUCUGAAGCAUUGGAAUUGAAUUUAUCAUCACCCUCUUAUAAUAACUGGUUUUCUGUCUCUCGUAUGAGCCAAGGAAACAUGACCAGCUUGGAAACGGGUCGAGUUCUCUAGUUAUAUAUAAUAUUUUUUUUAAAUUUAUCUCCCUUACUUAUAUAUUUUUAAUUUAUUUCGUUCGGUGUAUAUAGCUUUUGUGCACAGUUUGUUUCGUUUGGACUUCGGAGCGUACGCCAUCUAGAUCUGGGCUCCGGCUGCUUCUAGUUACACCGUUUUUUAAUAAUGUAUUAGUUAACAUGUACUCUUUAGUAUAGAUGAAAAAUAUUCAAGUAAAACUUUUCAAUAAUAAAUAAAAAGUGUUCUUUUCAGAUUUGGUAAAA